AUGGCUGCCUUAACAGAUGUUACAUCAUCAUUAGCCCCAAUGAUUGCUCAAAUUCCAAUGUAUAUUGGGCAGGAACCUCCAAUAGAAUAUUAUAACAAAUUUAUGCAAAUAUUUCAAUAUGGUAAUACAUUAGCUGUUGCAGGAUUUAAUGAUGCAGUAAAAACACGAAUGUUAUCAUCUAGAUUAGCUGAAAGAUUCAUACCACCUGAUCCAUUUCAAAAUAGAGCAGGUAAUCAAGUAAAUACACCCGCACUUUUUCUUGGUUGGUUAGAGGAUAAAUAUCGAGAAGUAAUAAUAGGAACUAGUCAAGCAUCUAUGAAAGCGCUUAUAAAUGAAAAAUUUUCUCCACUUGAUACACCAGAUAGUUAUAAGCAAAGAAUUCGUACAUUUACACAUUCUAUUGCAGAUGCCGAUUGUUUACCUAUACUCUAUAACCACUUACCAGAAAAUUUAGAACUCCGAGUUAGAAUGACAGCCCCUGCAACCAAAGACGCUUUCUUUACAAAUCUUAGAAAUUGUUGGUUGGAAUCAAAUGGGAAUUAUUUGGAUACUGUUGCUGAGAGAUUAGGUUACUCAGAUUAUGGAUCACGAAAUCCUGAUGCUUUAAUAAAAUUUAUCGAUGAUGAAUUAUAUAACAGAUUAGGUUAUGAAAAUUAUCAUCUUAAAAGAGAGCCUUUUGGUCAAGUUAGAGAGGUUAAUAUCAGAGUGAUUAUCAGACCUAGUACUUCGGGUACUAAAAAAGUAUAUGCUACAAAGAAGCCAACAAAAAAGCCUGCAAAGAAGCCUACUAAAGUUACUAAAGUUACAUACAAAUGCUCAAAUUGCGGAAAAAUUGGACAUAGAAAAAAUAUGUGUCCUGGAGGUACGAAACCCAAGAAGGUUAAUUAUACUUAUCAGAGCGAACCAGAAAAUUCAGAUGAUGAGGAGGAAGUAUUUCUUGAAUCUCUUAAAUAUAUGAUAUCCGAAUUAGUACUCCAUUGUCCUAAGGAGAUUCUCAUUGAAGCUCGUGUAUUUCUUAAUAAUCUAUUUAUAAAGAUGAAGGACCAAUUCGAUUCAUAUUAUGGCGAAAAGUAUACAGUCAAGGAACGAAAUAAGGACCAGACUCCAAACUCUUUGAGUCACAAAGAAACGAAUCGCGAUUAUGAGCUUAUAUCUUCACCAGAAAAACUUGACAAUUCCAUUACAUUAAAUCACGCAAUUAAAGUAUAUCAAGGAGCACAAAUAACCCGAAAUUGGCCUAACCCCUUUAAUGUUGAUUUCCUCAAAAUAGAACCUAAUGAUGUAGCAACAAUUUUAUGUAGAAUAUGUGAGUUGAUAAUAUCCCAUGCAAUUCUAGAUACCGGUGCAGAUUCUUCAAUGUUUACUGAUAACAUUCCUGAAUAUUUAGAGAUAAAAAUAGAUAAGAAAAAUGUUCACAAACUUACUGGUGCGGUUGGAGAUUCACAAUCUAUUGGUACUUCAUAUAAUGUUUCUAUAACUAUUGGUAGUGGUGAGGAUUCUAUAACAGUUUAUGAAGAUAUAUCUGUAAUAUCUACAAAAAAAGAUCGAAAUGGAAAUGAUAUAUCUAUAAUGAUACUUGGUACCAAAUGGCAACAUCGUGUCGGAUGGGAUCCUAUAGUAAAAGGGGAAUUUAUAGCAACACACAAUGGAAAGACUAUUACAAUUCCUCUUUCUACUCGCAAAGAAUCACGCAAUGCAUUUAAUACAGAAAAAAUACAGGCAUCAGAGGUAAAAAAAAAUGCGUAA